AUGGACGACCUCUACCUCCUCCCCCCUGUAAGAGAGUUUGCCAUAAUGCAAAGCCCUAGCAAACUGCGUGCCGCCUCUGUGUCCACACAACCUGCUCCGUCCAUGCUCCGUUGUUGGGCAGACCUCCCAGAUGACCCGCUUCACACCGUUCUUGCUUUGUCACGAUCCUUCAGUGACAUUCUUGCCUUUGCUGCAACAUGCCGCUCUUGGCGUGCUGCAUUCUGCUCAUACCCAUCCAAAUAUACCUUCUGCUCCAAAUUCCCGCCUCUCCUCGUCCAACUGAAUGCCAGUGUUCAAGCUGCCAACCUUUCUUCUAACAAUGGUCGUCAAGACCUGCACACAUGCAAAGUCAUUGAUCCGACCAACAAGAUAGUCCCCCUUCGCUGCCAGAUUCCUCGAGAAAUUUAUCAGGAGAUGCAUUUUUCUGGCACUUCCUAUGGUCAACUAAUUUUUUGUCGUGGUGGACAUUGUCUUGUUGUUGAUGUAUUCAGCGGUGCGAAGGUUUCACCUCCACGUCUCCCAUUCAACGGCGAAUUUGAGAGGGAGAUCUACUUCAGUGGCACCCUGACAGCUCCCCUUGGAUCAUCCAACUCACACCUCCUUGUCAGCACUACAACAUCUUUGUUUGACUGGCCGGUCAGAAGUGACUUUUGGUCUGAACUCCAACUUUCUCAUGCAUGGAUAGAACAAAUUGUGGAAUUCAAUGGUCAGUUCAUCGCAAUGGAUGAUUGCUAUGAGAUAUACACUUUGCAGCUGUCGCCCCAACUUGGUCUGCAGAAGAUAACAGCUGAGUUUGUCAGCGACCUGACCCCAAGCUCGUAUGAGAAACCUUGGCUGGUGGUCUGUGGUGACAUGCUUAUGAUGGUUUUCUGUUUUAGCACAUAUGUUUCAGGCCGGACAGUAUUUGUAAUACACCACCUUGACAUGUCAACCAAACCUGCAAAAUGGGUGGAGGUAAAGCAGCUGGACAAUUGGUCACUAUUUGUUGGGGGUGAUGUGAGGAGCCGGCCAUUUUCUUGCUUGAGCCCAGAACGUUGGGGAGGAAGAAGCAAGUCGCUGUACUAUGCGGGCCUUCGCUCUUUUAUUGUGCAUGGGGUGUGCGAUGAGGAAGAUCCAACUGGCAGUCCUAUGAUGGAGUACAAUAGAAGCUGGUGCCCCAAUCUGCAACCCCUCUGGGUGUAUCCGAGCAUAUUCUACUCAGAUGGCGAGUGA